UCAAGAUGGCGUCGCCCUGAAGGCCGCCCCCUUUCGCCCCGCAGCCGGUCUGUCGCCUCACAAGUCACGACUCUGCCCGUGCUCGGGCGGGGGAAGAAGGCCCGUGAGCGCCCCGGCGCCUCUCCUCCCCCGGCCGGGCCCCGCGGCGCCAUGAACCCCGAGAAGGACUUCGCGCCCCUCACGCCCAGCAUCGUGCGGGCCCUGAACGACAAGCUCUACGAGAAGAGGAAGGUGGCGGCGCUCGAGAUUGAGAAGCUGGUGCGUGAAUUUGUGAGUCAGAACAGCGCAGCACAGAUUAAGCAUGUAAUUCAGAUUUUGUCACAGGAGUUUGCGCUUUCCCAGCACCCACAUAGCCGGAAAGGGGGGCUUAUUGGCUUGGCUGCUUGCUCCAUUGCUCUUGGGAAGGACUCUGGGCUAUACUUGAAGGAGCUGAUCGAGCCGGUGCUGACCUGCUUCAAUGACUCUGACAGCCGCUUACGCUACUACGCCUGUGAGGCUCUGUACAACAUUGUGAAAGUGGCCCGGGGUUCCGUCCUUCCCCACUUCAAUGUGUUGUUUGAUGGCUUAAGCAAGCUUGCCGCAGACCCAGAUCCAAAUGUAAAAAGUGGCUCUGAGCUUUUGGACCGGCUUCUGAAGGACAUUGUGACUGAAAGUAACAAGUUUGACCUUGUGGGCUUCAUUCCCCUGCUCCGUGAGAGGAUCUACUCCAACAACCAAUACGCUCGGCAGUUCAUCAUUUCCUGGAUCUUGGUGCUUGAGUCUGUCCCUGAUAUUAACCUACUGGAUUACCUGCCAGAAAUCUUAGAUGGGCUCUUUCAGAUCCUGGGUGAUAACAGCAAGGAGAUCCGUAAAAUGUGUGAGGUAGCCCUUGGUGAGUUUCUCAAAGAGAUUAAGAAGAGCCCUUCCAGCGUCAAGUUUGCUGAAAUGGCCAACAUCCUGGUGAUCCACUGCCAGGCCUCUGACGAUCUCAUCCAGCUCACAGCCAUGUGCUGGAUGCGAGAGUUUAUCCAACUGGCUGGCCGGGUCAUGCUGCCAUAUUCCUCGGGGAUCCUGACAGCCGUCCUGCCUUGCCUCUCUUACGAUGAUCGGAAGAAGAGCAUCAAAGAGGUGGCAAAUGUGUGUAACCAGAGCCUGAUGAAGCUGGUCACUCCAGAAGACGACGAAACUGAAGUCAAGCAGCCCACAGCAGUCCCCCAAGCAGAGGGAGACCACGACAAAGCUCUCUCCAAGCAGGAGGUGGCUUCAGCUGGCUGCCUGGAUGUCUCAAAUGGUUCCAGUUUUGGCAAUGCCAGCGUUUUCAUGCCAACCAGCGCUGAGAGAAUUCAAGUAACCCUCAAUCUUGAUGGAAUUGUCCAGGUAUUGGAUUGUCAUCUUCAUGAUUCAGCUAUCGGAAUGAUGACUCGUAUUGCAGUUCUGAAGUGGCUCUACCAUUUGUACAUCAAGACUCCUCGCAAGAUGUUUCGGCAUACAGACAGCCUGUUUCCUAUUCUGCUAAAGACCUUAUCUGACGAGUCAGAUGAGGUUAUCCUUAAGGAUCUCGAAGUCUUGGCUGAGAUUGCCUCCUCUCCUGCUGGGCAGACAGAAGGCCAAGGGCCAUGCGAUGGCUCUGAAUCACAGCCAGGGCAGUUGGAGCUUCACGUUCCUGCUCCAACCAGAACUGGCCAGGCUGGCUCCCCUGGUACCAAAGGCAUGGAGUGCUCUCCCUCAACUCCCACUAUGAACUCCUACUUCUAUAAAUUCAUGAUCAACUUGCUCAAGAGAUUUAGCAGUGAGCGGAAGCUGCUGGAGAUGCGCGGUGCCUUCAUUAUCAGGCAACUCUGUCUUCUCCUGAAUGCAGAGAACAUCUUCCACUCAAUGGCAGACAUCCUGCUGCGGGAAGAGGACCUCAAGUUUGCCUCCACUAUGGUCCAUACCCUGAACACAAUCCUGCUGACAUCUUCAGAGCUCUUCCAGCUGAGGAACCAACUCAAAGAUCUGAAGACUCCGGAGAGCCGCAAUUUGUUCUGCUGUCUCUACCGUUCCUGGUGCCACAACCCUGUGACCACUGUAUCCCUCUGCUUUCUCACACAGAACUACAAGCACGCCUACGACCUCAUCCAGAAGUUUGGCGACCUGGAGGUCACAGUCGAUUUCCUGAUUGAGGUUGACAAGCUUGUCCAGCUGCUAGAAUGCCCCAUUUUUACAUAUCUCCGCUUGCAGCUGCUGGAUGUGAAGAACAACCCUUACCUAAUCAAGGCUUUGUAUGGACUGCUGAUGCUCCUGCCACAGAGCAAUGCCUUCCAACUCCUCUCCCACCGGCUGCAGUGUGUACCCAACCCCGAGCUCAUGCAGACAGCAGACGGCUCGAAGACCAGCCUCGCUACCAAGAAGUCCGCUGCCACCGCAGCCAUUGACUACACAGAACUGUUACAGCAUUUUGAGAAGGUCCAAAACAAACACCUACAGGUCCGGCACCAGCGAGCCAACCGUGGCGACACCCUGGACCGGAGAGCAAUCCUCUGAAAAUGGAAUGCGGAGCACCGGGAAAACGUGGGAGCAAUAUUGGAUGCUGUGGCAUUAACCAGGUGGCAGUCACGGGGCCCCAAACGCUGCUAAAACUGCAUGGUUAAGGAGGAACAAGGGAAUGGGCUGGUGGUGAGCGAGUGCAGUUGACUCACGUGAGGAGCCUUCCGUACCCUCCAAGCAAAGUUUUCUGCAUGAGCAGGGGAAGGAGGAGCUCCGGUCUGCCCUUCAGCAUGCAUUUUCCACUGGCAGCGGGGCAAAGUCCUGGACUCCACUGGUGCCUUCCCUUAUGACGGUCACCUGAUGGUCACAGCCUUGCUAGGGCAGGCGGGGGUGGGGAGGCAAAGGGAGGUUUUUUGUGCUGCUUCUCAUCUGAGUGGAGAGCGGGGUGCAUGAAACACAUCCUCCGCUUCUCUCUCCUAGGGGACUUGGCCACACAGUUGAGAGAGGAACAAGUCUGUCAGGUUGUGAAGACGGGAGCACUUCAUCCCUAACCCCCCAUCCCACUCACAAGGCAUACACUUGUUGGCUGCUUGUGGCUAACUCCCAUCAGGUCUCCCCUUCCACGCACCUCCACAAUCAUGUGUAUGGACUGCUCAGCCUUAACUUCCAGCUAAUCCAUGUGUGUGUGUAUAUAUAGAUCUCUAUAGACUAAUGGGAUUUCUAAACUGAGAAUCUUUGUACUAGUGUCAAACGUCCCUUAUAGAAAUAAAACAAAGAUGG